AUGAAUAAGUUUUCUAACCCGGUUAAGAAUAAUAUGUCAUUGAAAAAUGAUAUAAAUGAUAUGAGAAAAAAUAAAAAGGAAACAUUUUUCAAAGAUGAUAGUAUUAAUGAUGAGUUAAUAGGAAUUGCCAAUAUGAUCGAGGACGAGGAUGAUGAAGAGGAUGAAGUGUUUUUUGGCUUGUCGAAUGGGGUGAAUGCAAACAGUACAAGAAGAAAAUAUAGUAUGAGUAGAGAUGAACGUUGUUAUAACAAUGAAAAGGAUGAAGUGAGAGAAAGAAAACAAAUGGAAGAUGAUGAUAACAUAAUGAAUGCAACCAAUAUGACAGAUAAAAACGUAAAAGAAGUAGUAGAAGCAGCAGUAGAAGCAGCAGUAGAAGCAGAUGUAGAAGCAGUAGCAGGGGGGGAAAAAGAGGAAGAGGAGAGUAGGGGAAAUAAAAAAUGCGAUAAGAGUAGCUUAAGAAGGGAUGAUGACAGUGGUACCUUUAUAAGUAAGGAGUUCAUAAAAAAUGUAGGUAUAUGUUAUAACAUAAUUAACGAUAAAAUUAUAUUUGAAAAUGAAAAGAGCUUUGUACAAAUUUCUAGUAUCAUUGAAUUACGUGUUAAACAAAUAAUUGAAGAAGCAAGUAAAUUUUUCGAAAAAAGAAAGAAAUUUUGUAUUAAUAAAUAUUUAAACAUAGAUGAUUUUACGAACUCCUGUCAUUAUUUAAAUGUAACUAUCCCAUAUAAAUAUAAAAAUAAUUUUCAUUACAAUUUCAUUGCUUUAAAUAAUGAGAAAUAUAAAAAUAAUAAAAUUAUUUAUAGAGUAAUAUCUAAGAGAGAUUUUAAAAAUACAAAGCUAAAAAAUAAAAAAAAAAGCCACUUGUUCGUAUUGAAAAGUAACAAGAAGAAGAAAAAAAAAAAAAAAUUCCGUAUCAGUGCUACCACCCUGUUUAAUGAUUGCCUAAAUCGGGAGCAUAACAACAACAGGAGCAGCGGUAGCAAUAGCGGGAAUAGCGGGAACUGUGGAAAGAACUAUAUUGGUAGUAGUAACCCUAACUAUAACAGUAGCAAGUACAAUAACAGCCACAAUAACAGCCACAAUAAUAGCCACAAUAAUAACCACAAUAAUAGCUACAAUAAUAAUAGUACGAACUACUACAACGAGAUGGGUGAUUAUAGGCAGAAAAAAAAAAAAAAAAAAAUUGUUCAAAAGGAUCAAAUAAACAAAGAAAAGAAAACAAAGAAAGCAAAGAAAAAUAAAAAUAAAAAGGAUAAAAUAAAAGAUAAAAUUAUAAAGAAAAAAGUAAUUUCAAAUGACGAUUUUUACGAUAAGGAUUGUAUGGUGGGGGAUCAACAUGAUAUCCUGCAUGAGGAUGUACUAAUGGAUGAUAUGGUGCAUGAGGAAAGUGUGGGCGAUCUGAAAAAUGUAGACCCAUGUGUUAUGAAAGAUAUAGCAGGAAGCAGUGUCAACAGUAAUGGUGAUGACAAUGGCAUUGAUAAUGACUACAGUAAUAACAAUAGAAAUGCCGAUGGUAGUGAUAAUCCUUUCCCUACUACUGAAGCGAAAAAGGAAGCAGGAGCGGAGGUAGAAGAAGCCAAGAUGCUUGAAAAUAAGCAGCAGGGCAAACAAAACAGAAGUCGGAAUAUUGGUAGUGUUAAUAACAGUAAUGUGAAUGGUCAGCUGAUGAGUACAAAAAGUGGGAAGAAUGAUGGAGUGAACGAUAUAUGUGGAAAGUACCAGACAAGUGAAGAAACCAGUAAAGAUAUAGCAGUUGAAGUAAAAAGGAAAGAAAAUAUGUACAUUGAGGUUAAUGGGAUCAAUCAGAGAAAGGAUCAGAUGAUAAAGGGCGCGGAUAUAAACGUAAGUAAUUACGAAAAUAAUAUAUUUUACAAUUUAUACAUAAAGAACCAUGAAAAUAAAAAAAAAAAAAAUGUGUUAAAUUUUUUGCUCAGUGAUAUGCAAAACAGUCUUCCAGCGGAAGCAAAUUUAACAGUCUUUUGGCUUUUUAUACAAAAUAGAGUUAAGAGGGGAAAAAAAAAAAAAUAUAUAAAUAAUGGCUAUAGUAAUGGUAAUAAUAAUGACAAUAAUGAUGGAAAUAAUGAUGGAAAUAAUGAUGGCAAUAACGAUGGAAAUAAUGAUGGCAAUAACGAUGGCAAUAAUGAUGGCAAUAAUGAUAGUAACAAUUUUGUAAAAAAGGAGCGUGCAGCUGUACAAUUUGACUACCAGUGUUACGAAAUAUUGUAUACAAUUGAGAACGAAAAAACAAGAAAAAAAAAAAAGGAAUAUGAGAAUUAUAGUAAUUUAAAAAGAGGCAAAGGAAUAUGUUUUACAUGUAAUAACAAUGAUGAGUACAGUGAUAAUUACAAUGAUGAGUACAAUGAUAAUUACAAUGAUGAGUACAAUGAUAAUUAUAAUAAUGACCGUAAUAAGGACUAUAAUAAGGACUAUAAUAAGAACAAUAAUAAUAAUGACAGUAAUGUGCAGUACAGUAACAUAUUUCUUUUACCCAAGUUCAACCCUAUAAAUAAAGAAUAUAUUAUUUUGUCAAAGUAUAUACUAGAAAUAAUAAAAGAUAUAAUUAACUAUAGAAUAAACUUUUUUGAUUACAAUAAUAUAUUACAUAUAUUUAGCACUUGUAAAGAAAUUAACAAAAUUUUGCCGAAUAUAUUUUUUUUCCUUUUUAAUGAAUUGGAUCACAACCUAAGGUUUAAUAACAUGUACGCAUCAUUGAUGUUGUUAAUUCUUUUGAAUGGAAUAAUUAAAAAUAGAAACAUAGACAUAGAUUUUUAUUGUCUACAAAUAUUGAAGAUGCUAAUACAUGUAAUUAUAUAUGAACAUGAUCUAAAGUUAAAAAACAUUUACCUUAUUUUGUUAGUAAAAAGAAAAGCUUGUAAUAUUAUAGUUGAUUUUUGUGCUUUAUUAAGAAAAAAGAAUAAUAAUGAAAUAAUAAAUAUAGAUUACUAUUUAAUUUAUAUAUUAAGUAAAUUAUUAACACAUAACAAAUGUACAUAUAUGCACAUAUAUGUAUCAUACUACUUACUAUAUUUAAUGCCUAUUAAUAUACACGUUAAAUUUUUUUUGUCCUAUACCCCCAACUUUUUAGAUAUAUUUUUUAGAAAAUAUUUAUAUUAUCAAAAUGUAUAUAAUUCUUUUAUAUCAUAUGAACAGAAAGAAAUGAAUGAAUUGUUUAAUUUCUUCUUCUUUCAUAUAUAUACACUUAUACAAGGAUCCUUAUAUAGAAUAUUUAAAAAUAUGAACUUGUUAAUAAUAAAUUUGUCCUCUUCAAACUAUUUGAACUAUUUAAUGGAUUUUAUUAUUCAGUACGCAGAUUUUCAUCUUUCCUUAAUCUUGUCCAUUAUUAGCGUUCUGGGGAGGGGAAACUAUGCGUUACCUCAAUGCUUGAGCUAUCAUUUGAGCAAGGCGCGCAAAACGGGCAAAAUGAGCAAUGUGAGCAAAAGGAAAACAAAACAAAAUGUAAGUAGUAAUAGAGAUGGGAAUACGAGCAGGGAAAGGAGUAAACCCAAAAGUGUGGUUGACAUUGGUACUGUUAGGUGCUAUAAGAAUGAACAGAAUGCAGAUUAUUUAGCAAAAAAUAUAAAUUAUUUGAAGAACGUUAAAAUAUUACAUAAUUUUUAUGAAAAGGGGCUGAAGUGUGAAAGUCAUGAGGAAGGGGAUGAAGAUGAUGGUGAUAAUAGUAUUGAUGAUUACAUGAAUGAGGAAGAUUUAACCAUACAUGCGAAAAGUAAUACUAUAUGUGAAAAAAAGGAAUACCUUACUACAUAUGUUAAUAAAAGGAUAUCACUAAACAAAACACUGUUAGAAAAAAAAUUUGAGCAAAAUGAAUUAUACACAAACAUUGCUGUUAACAAUAUGUUAAACAAUAUUUUGAAUAAAUUUAAAAACAGUGCACAUAAGAAAAAUGAAAUGAACAAUUACAACUAUGAUGUCUUUUUGUAUGAUUCAUGUUAUUACUUUUUGUACACACUGUGA